AUGCAGUUCAGUGAUGUAUCCUGUGGGAUACCGUUGUUACUGUCUUAUCCGACGGUGAUCCUGGCGAGUCAUUUGGUGCUCGUUCCGUCUGUUUUGGGAUAUGAUGUGCGAUUAUUCAUUUUACCGUUAUUUGCGGCCUCUACAGUGAGUUGUCUCGGUCUAUGUUGUCGAAUGUGGUCUGAUUUGCGAGCCGUGUCGUCUGUCUUUAUACUUGGGUUUCUCUUUUCGCAAUUGUGUACCGUGUUGGGUACUAUCCAGACAACGACGUUGUCGUUAGUAACAGUGAAAUUGGUACUAUCUCAGGAUUUUGAUUCCUCAUGGGUACAGUUAUUCAAGAUUUAUACUCCACUAUGCCUGUUAAGUGUUACAAUUGCCAAAGAUACUGGAACUGUGGGUCCUUUUAUUGCAUAUGCAGUGCUUCUAUCGUGUUUAAAGUUGGUUCUUCCCAAAAUUCCACACAAGGAAGUAGUGUUGAGGAGUAAGUGGGCUUUUCUGCCGCCUUUAUUUUUGUUUGGUUUACUGAACGCAGUGUGUUAUUUCAAAUCUCUCUACGUGCAGUUUUUGAUGGCUUUUGUCUUUGUUGGUUGCUUGGCCAUCCUACUGCUGUCUACUAAAGAUAUGAUUACAGACGAGAAAGCAUUUACAGUACCGCGGUAUUUCGUGGUUGCAUGUGGUUUGAUGGCAAUAGUGUUGCAAUUUUUGUCCUUUAACUCUAUCUCUUCUUCCAAACUCCUCGAUAUUCUAACUCUCCUGUACACUUUUUCCUCCGAGUACGUUUCAUGGUUUAUUCACACUGAUCACAACGUUCAUACUCAUUCGCAUGCUGUGGAACACUCCGAUAGUCUUUUGGAACAGAUCGCUAAAAACAAAGAUACAAGAUCGAUAUUCUCCUUCUUGUUGCUGAAUACAACGUUUAUGUUCGUCCAACUACUCUACUCGUUCCGUUCCAAAUCUUUAGGCCUCUUGUCAGACUCCUUGCAUAUGGCUCUGGAUUGUACUUCCUUGUUGCUCGGUCUGAUAGCAGGCGUACUCGCGAAAAGACCCCCGAGCGAUAAGUUCCCAUUCGCGAUGGGUUUCCUAGAGACUUUGGCAGGAUUCACUAACGGUAUUUUACUACUCGGGAUCGUUUGUGGUAUUUUUGUCGAAUCGUUCGGUAGGUUGUUCACUCCCGUUCAUUUGCACAAGACCAAUGAACUGCUCGUGGUCGCUACAUUGGGGUUGAUAGUCAACUUAGCUGGUCUAUUUGCAUUCGAUCACGGAGGUCAUUCCCAUGGCUCGGGGAACGAAAAUAUGAGAGGAAUCUUCUUGCACAUAUUGGCGGAUACUUUAGGGUCUGUGGGAGUCAUCGUUUCCACAAUUUUGAUCAAAUUAACCCAUUUACAUAUCUUUGAUCCGCUUGCUUCGCUUUUCAUCGGUUCUUUGAUCUUACUAAGCGCAAUUCCUCUUCUGAAAUCCACCACUUCUUCCAUAUUGUUGAAGCUAGACGAAAAGAGGCAUAACUUGGUGAAGAAAGCGUUGAAUCAAAUCUCUACAACCCCCGGUAUUACAGGUUAUACCACUCCCAGAUUUUGGCCGGCAUCGGUCGAAGCUAAUGUUCAUGCACAUGGACAUGCACAUUCUCAUUCAGACAGCCACUCACAAGAUCAUUCGCAUGAUCACUCGCAUGAGCAAUCACAUGAACACACACACGAUCAUUCGCACGAACAUUCGCAUAAUGAUUCGAAUGAAAUUACCAAAAAACCUCCACUGCUUGUCGGGUAUAUUCAUGUCCAGUACACCGAUGGUGAAAACUCCACUAUAAUAAAGAAAAGGGUCGAGAAAAUAUUCGAAAGCGUUGGAAUAAAGGCUUGGAUUCAAGUCGAAUCAAAAGAUUCACCUUGUUGGUGUCGAACCUCCUCUCAAAAUAUGAUACCCCAAGUAGUUCAGAGCAAAUGA